GUAUCCACAGUAGGUCGGUCCCCUGAACUCCCGCGCUAUUGAGCAGUGACAAGUGUUCACUCGGUUUGUAUACUUGAUCCCAAUCCAUUCGAUUGCUACCGACCACUCUCGCAUGUCAAGUGUCAAAAUAAAUACUCAUCCGCGUGCGAUUCUUCACUUUUUUGAGAGCUAAUUUAUUGAGUGCGCUACAUCCAACCCCUUCUCGAAGCUGUUGAGUUCAAGUGAGACGACAAUUGUACCGUGAGAGGGUACCACUCGGGCCGAACAACAACCGGUAAAUAUGUGCAACAGUGGUGCUUCUGGCAGUAUUCCGAGUGGAUCAAUUCUCACGGGGAACCUCGUGCCCCCGUUGACCAGCUACGAUGAGUACUACGACUCGAGCUGGCAGCUCAUUCCGCCGGAUUAUGGAGCGACCGAGGAGGAGAUUUUGGAUAGUAUGAAAAUCCCUCCCAGUCAUCGAUCGGGCUUCAACAUCAACGAUAUUCUGGAACUCAACAGUCAUAACGUCCACAACAGCAAAGAGUACACUCACGCACAUCUUCUGCAACAUUCUGUCCAUUCGACAACGUCUUCCAGCAAUCAGCUGUCACGGAGAGACCCUGCGGAGUAUUCCUCCCAACAGCAGCAGCAGCAGCAGCAGCAGCAACACGAUCAGAAGCAAAACCAUCUGGUGCCAUAUGAGAGUUCCAGUGGGUACAUCCCGUUACAAACGGUGGUGAACGCAUCAUCACUACAACCUCCAGCAUACAGUGAUUUACCUCCAUAUUACCACCACUCGCAUCAUUUAUUCCCGCCAGGAGGGGAUCCAUCUGGCAGUGUAGCCGGAUCUUCUUCAAGAGCGACGUGGAUCUAUGACAACGUUAACAAUGACUACAUUCCUACUGUGAUUCAGCAAAGCAACGAGCCAAACGUUCACCAGCAGGUAAAUCCAGACAGUACUUCAUCUGUUGCGGAAAUGUGUUCCUACACCACCAUAGGCAACUGCAGCACAGCCGUUAUCGAACCAUCUGAACGGUUGACAGCGCAGGAAGAACGCCGUGGCGCAACCGACUGCAACAACAACACUUGUGACGGAGAAUCACUGAACGACGACAGCAUUGAGGUCGGCAAUUCCGGUGACGACCGACCGGGUAGUGACAGCGGGGCGACAGGGGUAGAUACCACCGCCGGUCAGAAAAAACGAAAACGCCGCAUUCUGUUCUCCAAAUCUCAGACGUACGAACUGGAACGGCGCUUCAAACAGACUCGAUACUUAUCCGCUCCCGAGCGGGAGCAUUUGGCCAGCAUGAUCCACCUGACGCCGACGCAGGUUAAAAUCUGGUUCCAGAACCAUCGUUACAAAACCAAGCGGGCUCAGAGUGAAAAGAUUCCAACUUUCAGCCAUCAACACCAACAACUCGGGAGUUCACCGAAGCGGAUAAACGUGCCGGUGUUGGUGCGGGACGGGAAGCCCGUGUCACUAGCGGCAGGGGAACCAGGAACGGUGCCGAGCGGUGGACCCCAAAAUCAGCAGCAACAGUCGUUGCUCGGGGCGGCCGGAAGUCUGCAUUCGCUCGCGGUGGAGAGCUGUGCAGCCAUGGGAUUCGCGUAUCAUCAGCAGGCUGGUGGGCAAAGGAUUCUGCAGAACCAUUGUGGGACAGCCGGACCGCGCUGGUGGCCCAGCGGAUGCUGAGAUAAUUUGUGAUAAACUUUGGAUAAAUAAUUACCUGGGUUGCGUUCUGUUUAAGUA